AUGAUGGCCCCCAUCCAGUCCAUCACCUUGCCAUCGUCAGAGACUCGUACGAGUCCAUCACCUAAGCAUACAGUCUAUGCUCUGCGCGUGGCUCUGCCAGUCCGCAGCUGGACAGUCUGGCGUCGUUACAGCGAAUUCUUAGCGCUUCAUACCACGCUGUGUAGCUUGGGAAACCCGCCCGCUGCUUUUCCACCAAAGCAUGCGGCUAGAAAUACCAUCCGUGCCAUCGGGUCUCUAGGCGGCCUGUUGAGCCGCGAAGCAGCCGUGGCACGCACGAACAAGCCAGCAGAAGAUGAAGAUACGAGAGAAAGGCGGGCCGGCUUGGAACGGUACAUGAGAGCAAUCCUCAGCUGUGCCGACUCGAGGUGGAGACAAGCACCGGAGUUUGCUGCAUUUAUCGAAUUGGCGCCUAGCGACAAGAGGGCUCUGUCUGUAGCAACACCUGCUUCAUCCAGCCAAGACGCCUCGGGCUCCGGUCCACCAGUGUUGGAGCGCAUCACAGCACCGCGGCAACCGUAUGUGCCAGGGUCGUAUGCUGGGCAAGCCCCCAACCGGUCGCUUCAAGGCGCGACCAGCAGGACGUUGGGUGCCCCACCUCCGCCAGUCGAGACUCAUCAGACACGGGCCCUAGAUGACGAAGGACUAGUGAAACUGCAGCAAGGACAGAUGGACUCGCAGGAUGCUCGCUUGGGAGAUCUGGCAGCGGUGCUCCGCAGACAGAGGCAAAUGGGCUUGGCUAUCAAUCAAGAGCUGCAAGAACAAACGGAGAUGCUGCGCGGACUAGGAGAGGAAGUGGAUCAGGUGGAGAGCAAGAUGACGGGCGCCGAAAAACAGAUGGACAGGCUGUGA